GCGGACAGCCCGUCCGGUUGACGGGACGCAUGAGCUCACGCGGACUGUCUCUGGGAGUGCUGAGUCGAAUAUCCUCUUUGGCGUCUCCACCGAUAGAAACCGGCUGCUCUCUUUCACCGUGGUCGGAUUGAAAACAUUCCGGCUCGAGUUUGGGACGCUUUAUGCCAUUCAGCGGUGUGGCCUUAACACCGGGAUUUGGGUGGACACCUAAGAACUGCGUAGCUCAAGUCUCAGUAGUGAAAAUUGAAAACCCACCAUGGACAAAACCCCGAGAGACACUGCCCCUGAUUCUUGGGAACAGGAGGACGAUGUGGAGGCCACAAUCGACGGACAGCUUGACUCCGCUUUCACCAACUUAAAUGUGAACGCCAAACCUUUUGUUCCCAAUGUGAACGCCGCAGAAUUUGUCCCGACGUUUACCAUUAAAGCACACUCGGAAAAUCUCGAUUCAAUGGUUGCUGUUGAAAAAAUUGCCACCAAGGAGGUGAUAGGAAAUGCUGCUCCAUUGGAGAACGGUGACAGAGAACUGACCCCAGAUGAACCAUGGGACCAGAAAGAAUCUGAGCCAUGUGAGGAAGAGCCAGGAGGUGGCUGCUGUGGUGACCGUGGACCAGCAAGUGAGGAGACGGGCUCAGAGAUGGAGGAAGAGGAAACGCCGGCGCCUAAAGUUCCCCCAACACAACCAGAUGCCCCCAAGAAGGAACACAUAAAUGUUGUCUUCAUCGGACACGUAGAUGCUGGAAAGUCCACUAUUGGUGGACAAAUCAUGUACCUGACAGGCAUGGUAGAUAAGAGAACCUUAGAGAAAUAUGAAAGAGAGGCCAAGGAGAAGAACCGAGAAACCUGGUACCUGUCUUGGGCCUUGGACACCAAUCAAGAGGAGAGGGACAAAGGCAAGACGGUGGAAGUGGGCCGAGCAUACUUUGAGACAGAGAAAAAGCACUUUACCAUCUUAGAUGCACCGGGCCACAAGAGCUUUGUGCCCAACAUGAUUGGAGGUGCAUCACAAGCUGACUUGGCUGUACUGGUGAUCUCUGCCAGAAAAGGCGAAUUUGAAACCGGUUUUGAAAAAGGUGGACAAACACGGGAGCACGCCAUGUUGGCCAAAACAGCGGGGGUCAAGCACCUGAUUGUCCUGGUGAACAAAAUGGAUGACCCUACAGUCAACUGGAGCCUAGAAAGGUAUGAAGAGUGUAAGGAGAAACUAGUGCCAUUUUUGAAGAAGGUGGGCUUCAACCCAAAGAAAGACAUUCAUUUCAUGCCAUGUUCGGGGCUAACGGGAGCCAACUUGAAGGAGCCCACUGAUAUGUGCGACUGGUACACAGGUUUACCAUUCAUUCCACAUCUGGACAGUUUGCCAAAUUUUAACAGACCAAGCGACGGACCUAUCAGAUUGCCCAUUGUAGACAAAUACAAGGACAUGGGCACUGUGAUUUUAGGCAAACUUGAGUCCGGCUCAAUCAGUAAAGCACAACAGCUUGUUAUGAUGCCCAAUAGGCAUGUGGUGGAGGUGCUGAGCCUCUUGUCUGACGACGUGGAGACGGACGAUGCAGGACCUGGAGAAAAUCUAAAGUUGCGACUGAAGGGCAUUGAGGAGGAGGAGAUUCUCCCUGGCUUCAUUCUGUGUAAUGCAGAAAACCUCUGCCAUUCCGGGCGCACAUUUGACGCCCAGAUUGUCAUCAUUGAACACAAAUCCAUCAUCUGUCCCGGUUAUAACGCUGUCCUUCACAUUCACACGUGCAUUGAAGAGGUGCAGAUUACGGCCUUAAUCUGUCUUGUAGACAAAAAGUCAGGUGAGAAGAGUAAGACAAGGCCACGAUUUGUUAAACAAGACCAGGUCUGUAUCGCCCGUCUACGCACGGCAGGAACCAUUUGCCUCGAGACCUUUAAAGACUUUCCUCAAAUGGGACGCUUUACCUUACGAGAUGAAGGUAAAACCAUCGCCAUCGGUAAGGUUCUGAAGUUGGUCGCAGAGCGAGACUGAAGACGCACGCUGCUGCUCCAAAUCCAGUUUGGAAGAACCAGGUGGAGCACGGUCAUCACCCGCCCAGUGUUGUCAGCGGCAAAGGCACCUCCCUCUGACGCCCGCCUACCCUUCUGUGUUUCGAUCAGCUUCAGGAAAAAACGAAAAAAAGUGAUCAACAGAAACCGGUUCUUAAGUCAGUGAAAUUCAAGACGAAGUCCACUCACGUCAGCUUUCUCAUAUUGAGAGCUCCGCUAUGCCAUUUCCGGGUUAGCCCACCUUCCACCUCUGCCCACCUCCCUCGUCUGGUUGGUUUAUCACGACAGUGAUUCUUUUCUCAUUCCCUGUUCCAUUUUAUUUACUUGCCUUCAUAAAUGACAGAAGUUAUAUCUGUGAACAAAUGCGGACCAAGAUUUUUGCUUGGAGUGUAAAAUCAUUUCGGAAAUUGUCUGAAAUGAUUUCAUCGAUUGAAACCAAAAUGUUGAUUUGGGUGUACAUUACUCCCUUUGCUUUUACCCAAUUUUUGGUUUCUCGUGUGGCGUUCUGGCUGUCUGCUUGAGCGUGCGCAAAUAUUAAAGCAAACAACUAUGACAAUAAAAUAUUUGGAAAAAC